AUGGCGCGCGAUGACGCGGGGCGGCGCAAAAGCGAGUCCACGUCCGAUCGCGCGGGCGCGCUGGACGUCGGCGCGCGCGUGUGGGCGAAGGCGUCGUUCGAUGAAAAACGACGGCUCGGGGAAAUCGUCGACGUGCGUCGCGAGGACGGCGUCGCGGUGGCGUAUUACGUGCACUAUAGCGAGUUGAAUAAACGCCUGGACGCGUGGGUGCCAGUGGAGGACGUGGAGACGCGUAAGGAGGGCGAGGGCGAGGUGAACGGGAAGCAGCCGAAGACGUUGACGCGGAAUUCUAAGCGGAGAUAUAAUGAGAUACACAACGUGGACGCGCCGGUGGAGGAUUUGCCGCCCAUGGAUCAAAUGUUUGAGCGCAUGCACGAGGAGAAAACAAAGGUGAAGAACGUGCACUCGAUCGAGCUCGGGCGGCACGAGAUGGACACGUGGUAUUAUUCUCCGUAUCCGGAUGACUUCGGAAAGUGUUCCAAGCUGUACUUGUGUCAGUAUUGUUUCAAGUAUAUGCGAAAGGCGAAGACGUGCGUGCGGCACAAGGCGGAGUGCGAGAUGAAGCAUCCGCCGGGAAAGCGGGUUUAUCGACAUCCACAGGGCGAGGGCGAACCGUUGUUGAGCUUUUGGGAAAUCGAUGGCGCGCACUUCAAAAUGUACUGCCAGAAUUUGUGUUUGAUGGCGAAACUAUUCUUGGACCAUAAGACGCUGUACUUUGAUGUCGAACCGUUUAUGUUUUACGUGCUCACUGAGUCAAUGGAUGGAGACGAAACGCACGAUAUCGUGGGUUACUUUAGCAAAGAAAAGGUUUCAGUGGACGAUUACAACUUGGCGUGUAUUUUGACGCUGCCGGCGUAUCAACGCAAGGGAUAUGGCUCAUUCUUAAUAUCGAUGAGCUACGAGCUGAGUCGACGCCAAGGCGUGUACGGCACCCCCGAACGGCCGCUGUCUGAUCUCGGACAAGUGAGUUAUAGAAGCUAUUGGAGUCGAGUCGUUUUGGACGUGCUCCACAAGCACAGAGGAAACCUCAGCGUGAAGGAUCUGAGCUCGAUGUUGAUGUUUCGCGAGGCAGACAUUGUCAGCGCGUUGCAGUCGCUCAAUCUGGUCAAAUACUGGAAAGGCCAGCACAUCAUCUCUUCUUCGCCAAAAAUUGUGGAAGAACACUUGAGUAGUUUUGAAAAGAAAUCCGCUAUAGCGGGUACGAGGCUCGAAUUCAACCCGGAGUACUUGAAUUGGACGGCGCCGCCGAUGUAG